CCACAGACCGCUUGUGACACACAUCCUCAGUUGUGUGAUAGAGAUCUAGACGAGAGCCCAUCGCCCUUGUAGAGUAGCUUGUGAAGACCGACCCAUAAAUACCGUCAGAAAUGGCCGACCAGCUAACAGAGGAGCAGAUUGCUGAGUUUAAGGAGGCUUUCUCCUUGUUCGACAAGGACGGCGACGGCACCAUCACGACCAAAGAGUUGGGCACGGUGAUGCGCUCACUGGGCCAGAACCCUACCGAGGCCGAGCUGCAGGACAUGAUCAACGAGGUGGACGCAGACGGAAAUGGCACCAUUGACUUCCCAGAGUUCCUCACCAUGAUGGCCAGGAAAAUGAAGGACACAGACAGCGAGGAGGAGAUCCGUGAGGCCUUCAGAGUGUUUGACAAGGAUGGGAAUGGCUACAUCAGUGCAGCGGAGCUGCGUCACGUCAUGACCAACUUGGGCGAGAAGCUGACAGAUGAGGAGGUGGACGAGAUGAUCAGAGAAGCAGACAUUGACGGAGACGGACAGGUCAACUACGAAGAAUUUGUACAAAUGAUGACGGCAAAGUGAAGUGCCCCUGUCCUCUCCUGACCUCCUUAGAAAAAAAAGAGAAAAAAAAAUCAGUCAAAUGUUUUACUUACCUCUUGCAAAAAUAUUCAUCUAUUCAUACUGUUUCUGUAUAGAAAAUAUAACUGAAUGUUAAAAAUGGAAAAAUUGUCCUUAAAAAGCAAAAAAGACAAAACAUUUAUGUUGAAAAGACGAAAAAAAAAAAUCAAACUACAAAAACGAUCUGCAUGUACUGACUAGUGGUCCUGUUCCAGACGAUCAAGCUUAGAUCAUCCGUAAAGACUACAGAAUAAUCUUAAUCUAUACCAAUAACCCACAAGCUACAGGAGCCUGACGAGAGCGCACAGCUUCCACUGCUGAACUGGUUCCAUAUGCUACUCAUGGCAGUGUUUGGGUUGGCCGUUGUGUCCUCUCUCCUCUACGAUCUCAUUUUUCUUUCUUUCUUUCUUUCUUUCCCCUCAUUCUUUCUGUUGUUGGUGCAUGCAGCUUGAGACUGGAGCCGUAGUCUGGACAGUCCGUUGGCAUUGUCCAUUUCUUGCUGGUGUUUUGAUUGGUUGUUUGUGGAGGUGGGGUGUGGUUCUGGGUGGGGGUGUGGUCUGGUAGACUGAAAAGUCUUGGGUUUGGGCAGAGGCGGUGUGUUCACGUGCUGGUCGGACAUUGGGAAGUAGACAAGCUCCAAAGUCAAACCCAUUAACUGCGUCAUAUUCUUGUGCUUCUUGAUUGGAGAGUGAAACAGAACAUAGAUGACAAGCAGAUAUUAAGGUUCCAAAAAAACUUUUUUUUUUUUUUUUUUCAGACUUUUAAUAAUUUUCUUUUUUUGUUUUUUUUUUUUUUUUAACGAAGGCAAUAAGAUCUACACAUGAGCUCAUUGUCAUCACAGGUGGACUGUUUUCCUUUUUUCCUGUUGUUGACUGUUGCAGAAUUGAAACCUUCCUCAGAUUACGAAUCACAAAGGGUCAUAUCCUCCUAACUCAGAACUUGUGUAGCAUAAAGAAUCCCAAACAACUACCAUACAAAGCAUUUUAAGUUUGCGUUUUGUCCAACUUUGAUUGGCGUUCAUGCAACUCCCAAGCAAGAAACUCCAUAUUUUUAUUUUGUCCGAUAGUGUGUGAACGCACCAAGAUAUGAUGAAAUUGCAGUGAGCGUGUGGGGUGGGGAGGGAUGUUGUAAUGUAUGAAUGGGACCUGUGCAGUUUGCUUAAAUAAUUCAAAAAAAAGAAACUUAAGAGAUAUUUUUAAGAAAAUGGAACAUUUAUCAAAAAAAGGCAAAAAAAAAUCUAUAUAGAAGUUUUAAAAACAAAAAUGACAUGUUUGGCAUGUUAGGAAAUAUUUGGAGUUUUGUUUUUCAUGUGCAUCGAGCUGUACUGGAGGGGAGUGAAGGGUUGGGAGUAUGGAGGGGGACUUAAGUCUUCAGGUUUGGGAAACCUCACGCCUCUGAGUGGGGAACAUCCUUAAGUUUCUUUGGGCUAUAGGGGAGACACUGUUGUACCACGAGCAUCUUUUUUUUGUUUGUUUGUUCUUGCAUUUUUUUUUUUUUUUUUUUCCUCAGAUCUCAGAUCUGCAAGUCUCUGCAGAGGUUUCUAUCUCUGUCUUCUCAUCUUUUUGAGUUCAGGUUAUGUUCAUUCCAAGUUGUACAUGCUAGUCUUUUAAUUGUUUUUUCCAAUAAAAAAACAUGAACUUCAACAAG